AUGCAAUUGGAGCUCGUGAAAAGGGCAGCUUCACAAGUCAAGGCGUUGGAGUCGUGGCAGCCCCAUGUUUGGGGCCCUCUGCAGAAGAAUGUGCAGAAAUGGGAAUACCCCUCUUUCGGGUUAAUUUCUGGAGUCUGGGUUAAGUCAAAUCCUCAACCGUGUGGGUAUCUGGGGGAAAUCUACUUCCCCUUCACAACAAGUCCCGAUCCAAAAUGUGGGUGGCAAAUAAGGGGCUGUGACAACUUACAUGCAGAUAAAGAAUUCUCACUGACAGGCCACAAUUGGCAUAAAAUUGAAACCAUAUUCUUCCCUCCCACUUUCCAUCUCAAUUACCUUUCAAUUUUCAUCCGCCCUGAUAUUGACGCCGAAUUUGCUCCAGAGCUGCUUGAAAAGCCUUUUGUUAACAAUUUUAGCUUCUCCGGAUGCUCUUGGGACUCCCAUGACUACAAAAGCCAAAUCCCUUCAAACAUUUCAGAGAUGACCUUAUUAUAUACACACUGUCCUCACCACGAUAUCUAUUUCAGUUCUACCCCUGUUCUCAGCUCUUCCAUGCCCAUCUCUAUCCUUCUUCCAUUCGCAUGCUUACUAACCACUCGUACUUGCCCUUCAUAUACAUUUCUAUUCUCUAUUCUCGAAAUUAAAUUAAACAUACCCGAAAGUUGUUCAUACUGUUACCCUCCCCUAUGUAAAUUUCGGUUUGAGGAGGGAAAAGGCCUCGUUUGUUUCCAUGAUGAUGGACCCAAGUCUACAGAACCGCCGACUGAUAUGUCGAAACCGCCGACUUCUCAACCUGCUACGUCGAAGGCUAGGGACAGAGGUACUGAAGCAAGGAAGAUGCAGGCCUCCAAAACGUAUCAAGAAGGGCUUACUCUGCUUCCUUUAGAACUACAACGACCAGAGAGAGUGGACGUUUCUACUUUGGGGUCCCUGUCUUCUCCUAUGAGGAGCUCCAAGAGGCAACCAACAAUUUUGAUCAAGCUAGGGAGCUUGGAGAAGGAGGCUUUGGAAUUGUUUACUACGGUAAGGGACUCCAGAUUCUCACACCCUUUUGCACUUACGCGUAUUCACCCUAUCAGUUUUCCAGGAAUACUUCGAGAUGGUCGUGAAGUUGCAGUGAAGCGCCUGAUCGAGCGCAACUACAGGCCAGUGGAGUCAUUCAUCAAUGAAAUUCAGAUCCUCAAAGGUCUGCGCCACAGAAACCUUGUGUGCCUCCAUGGCUGCACUUCGCGUAACGGCCGCGAGUUACUUCUAGUAUACGAGUACAUCCCUAAUGGCAGUGUUAGUUCCCAUCUCCAUGGUGAUCGAGCAAAUUCACGCCUUUUAUCAUGGCCUUUAAGAAUGAAAAUUGCCAUAGAAACUGCUCGAGCAUUGGCUUAUCUCCACGCUUCUGUCAUCAUUCACCGGGAUGUGAAAACCAGCAACAUUCUCCUGGACAAUGAGUUUGGUGUUAAGGUUUCGGAUUUCGGUCUUUCAAGAUUGUUCCCCGAUGAUGUCACUCACGUUUCCACAGUUCCAAGGGGAACCCCAGGUUAUGUAGAUCCGGAUUAUCGCCUAUGCUACCAGCUGACAAAAAAGAGUGAUGUAUAUAGCUUUGGAGUUGUGCUUGUUGAGUUAAUAUCAUCUCUCAAAGCAGUUGAUAUGAAUAGGGACAGGGAAGAUAUUAAGUUGGCAAAUCUUGCCCUUAGGAAGAUUCAAAAGGGAUCCUUUUGUGAAUUGGUAGAUCCUUCCCUUGGUUUCCAGUCAGACGAGAAAGUAAAAAGUAUGAUAGGUUCAGUGGCAGAAUUGGCCUCUCAUUGUCUGCAAGGGGACAAGGAUUUGAGACCCUCUAUGGAUGAAGUAUUGUUGGAGCUGGAGAGAAUUCACAGUGGCAGGGAUGAACCACCGAAUCCGGAGGAAAUUGUCGUUCAUCCCAGGGCUUCACAAAGCUAUGCUCACCUACCUCGUCCAAACACUGUGAUGAGCCCACAACACCUUCGCAAAACACACUGA